AUGCACGAGUUCACCGCAGCCUCGGUCAGAAAGAGGCUCGAGGACGGAGCACAGCGAGCGAGGUCCAGAGAGAGGGAGUCAAAGCCGAUCGGGAUGCGGGGAUCUCCUGCAGCAGCGCCCAAGGCAUCACCAGCAGCGAAAGCUGCUUCUUCCGCGACCAAGGAUAGAAGCAGAAGGGCGUCAAAGUCACCCGGUCGCGCAAGGAAACUUGCCGAGCUGAUCGAGGAGAACAAGAGACUGUCGGGGUUGGUACAGGCUGAUGAGACGCGCUCCCACGAGUAUAAGACCUUAUUUGAAUCCUACCUGGAGAAAGAGCAGGAUAUUUUGAGCCGUUUCCUCGAAGAAUCUGUGAGAAUGAAACGAGACGAGAAUGCGAAUGAAGAGGAGCAAUCUUUGAUCAAGAUAGCAUUUGAGCAUAGGAUUGCACAACUCCUCACGCAAAUUACCGAGAAAGACACAUCUAUUCGACAAUCAAAACUUGAGCUAGCGCAAUUCAAAGAAAUGACUCUGAACUGCAUGGACGAACAGCAUCAGGAGUGGACCGCUUUGCUCGAGCAGAAUCAUUCUAGACAGGAGAGUCUGAGCAAGCAAUGCAGGAUGUUGGAAGAGCAGCUCAGAACUUUUCAUCGCGAAAGGGAAGAAUUAAUUGCAGCAAAUCAGAAACGUGUCCAGAAGCUCGAGGAAGAGAAAGCUGUAUUAGAAGACAAGGUCAGAACAUUGACAGCGAAGGUAAAUGUAAAGGAGGGCAACGUGGUCCGGCAGCAAGACACACGAGAGCUCUCAUUGAGCCUAGACAAUGAGCUUGAGCUUGCUACAGAGGCUCUUCGGAUCGCUCAGGAGAUCAACAAUGAUGCGCGUCAUCCUGAUUCGGACGAUCGCGUUCGGGCUAGUCGAGGGAGGGAGAAUGGCUAUCCGAUUCAUCAUCAGACAAACUAUGGUGAAUGCAAGAACUGUAAGGUCCUCCAGACCUUGCUGGAAGAUGCCAGGGCUCAGUGUGAGUUGUUGGGAGCUCAGAACAAACGGACGGGUGACAAGCUUGCAGACUGCGAAACAAGGUGUGAAGAGCUCAAAUCGCUUCAUGACGAUUCUUGUUGGGAGGCUACAAGGCUGCAAAAAGCGUAUCAAGAGCUUGAGGAGAGAAACGAAGAACUGAUCAGGGAGAACGAGAUGAACAAGAUGGAAUUGAAGGCGGCUCGCAGAUCCGUUAAGAACCUAGUUCAGAGUGAGGCAGAGGAGGUCAGUCUUGUUCGCACUUGGGGGAUUCGCAUUUACGAUGUUGCUCUCACCAGGCGAAUUAUGUCAAAUGUGCCCUCAGACGGGUUCUUACUGGGCUGUUCAGAUGCCGAAGCCACAGUCGCCCUGCUGGAAGAAUCUUUGAAGCACUCACACAUAGAGCUUGAAAGUCUCCGGAAACAGCUCAACGAAGCUUCAGAGCAGAUCACAAAGCUUGAGGCAGAGCUCGAGCGCCAGAGAAAUGUAAAGGACGACUCCGAAGAUUGGAAGGUCAGGGCAGAGAGAGCUUCCAGGAUCAACCAGCUUCUACUCCCUAAACUUGCAACCCUCCUCUCUGACCGUGUUGACACCAAGGAAACCUCCUCUGAGGGUGGUUCGGCCUUCGACCUCCUCCUUGAGCUUCAGGGUUGA